AUGGUAACUUUUGACACACUAAAUUUUACAGAAAAUACAAUGAUUGAUGAGAGUAUUGAAAAAUUUGAAUACCAUAAAUAUCAAAGUAGAAUUACAAAUUUUGAUAAUCCUGCUACUGAAAUAAGUAUCAUUAUUAAUCAGGAAGGCUUGUUUACACUUCCAUCUGAUGCUUAUAUUUUGAUUGAAGGAAGACUUCUAAAAGCAGAUGGAACAUCUUAUGCUAAUGCAGAUGCUGUAACACUUGUAAACAAUGGUCUUAUGUAUUUAUUCAGUAGAGCAGAUUUUCAGUUAUCAGGUAAAAUUGUAGAAAAUAUUAAAAAUUUAGGUAGAACAACUACAAUGAUUGGAUUGCUAAAAUAUUCAAAUGCUUUUCAAUUUGUUCAAGGUAUGAACCAAUUAUGUGAUACUUAUGAUAAAGUUGUUUGUGGAUUAACACAUACACUUACUCUAAUUAGAGAUGAUAAUAAUAAAGCUAUUUUUAGAGCUGCAAAUGCAGCUGCUGGACAAAUCAAUCUUACUAAAGUAUCACUGUUUAUGCCACAUGUUAAACCAUCUCUUGAAUAUAAACUUAAGCUUAAUAAAGAAGUUGAAUCAAAAUCACUUUCAGUAUCUUUUAAUGAAAGGCAUAGUGAGUUUUUGAGUGUUUCACAAACUACUGAUUUUACUUGCUCACUGAAUCCAACAUCAUAUAGUGCAAGACCUAGAUUCAUCGUUGUUGGAUUUCAAACAAAUAAAAAUAUCAGUCAAGAACAAAAUCCUGCAACAUUUGAUCAUUGUGACUUGAAAAAUAUGUACGUAACACUUAAUUCACGAAGUUAUUCUGAAAUUGUUAAUUAUAAUCUAUCAUUGCCAGAUCAACAAUUUUCAAGAGCUUAUAGAGAUGCAUCUCUAUUUACUAAGAAAGUUUUAUGGAAUGAAUGA